UACUAUGAUUAUUAUUUUGCUGGCGGAAGACCAUGAGACCGCAGACUGCCGCUAAUCGCUGUUAUCCAGCUUACACUAGAGAUCGCGAAAUUACCAGCCGGUACCGAUUCAGCUUCAGAGACCUUUUGAAGGUCAGGCCUCUAGGGACGGACCGUGCCGAGUCGAAUAUGCGAUUGAUUCCAACGCAGGAGGCCGUGACUGAUGCGGGGACAGCAUCAGCUUGUUCGGUACGGCUCGUACGGCCGGCCAUCCAUACAUACAACCCAAGCAUGGGAAAGCUGCCGAUCAAGGUGCGGGGCUCCUGUCUAAGCCGCCGCCACUGGAUGCCCGACGAGAGCCUGAUCUUGUGCCUCCCAGGGACCGAGGAGGAUCCAAUACUUUCCAUGUUAGCUACUCCCAGUCCUCCUGGGUGGUAGUAGACUUUUUGCGGCCUGCCUUGUGCAUCGUCACCCUGGUAUUUCCUCUAUUCCAAGCGGUUUCGUAUCGUCAGCGUCUGUACCCAUCUACCCCUCUCUCCUUCGCUCGGAACCAACGCCCGCCAUGUCAGACCCUCGAAAGUACACGGUCGGCUGGAUUUGUGCGAUCACCACCGAGGCCGUAGCAGCCCGGGCCUUCCUCGACGAAGAACACGACGGCCCUUCCACCGUCGCAAAGCACGACAACAAUAGCUAUGUCUUAGGCAGGAUCGGCGCUCACAAUGUCGUCAUUGCCGUCCUCCCCGAUGCGGAAUACGGCAUAGCGUCCGCGGCAGCAGUGGCCCGGGACAUGCUCCACAGCUUCCCGAACGUGCGCAUCGGAUUGAUGGUCGGCAUCGGAGGCGGGGCGCCUAGCCCGAAGCGGGAUAUCCGACUCGGGGACGUCGUAGUCAGCAGCGGCAAUGCCGGGGAAAGCGGCGUGUUCCAAUACGACUAUGGCAAGACGAUCCAGAACCAGUCGUUUCAAGAGACUGCAUUCUUGGACCAACCACCCAUGGUCCUGCGGACGGCCGUGAGCACGCUCAGAGGCACAUACGAAAUGAAAGGACACCAGCUGGUGGACAACGUGAACGAGGCAUUGAAGAAGAUUAAGAGGCGAAACAAGUACACGCGGCCUCCUCCGGAAAGCGACAGGCUGUACAGGCCCGACUUUGUCCAUCCUGCUCACUCGACCGACCGCUGCGAUGUCACGUGCGGCAACGAUGAGGCAAACCUGGUGAUCCGGGGCGAACGAGACGAAGAGGAUGACGACCCGGCGAUUCACUACGGCCUGAUUGCUAGCGGGAACCAGCUGAUGAAAGAUGCGCGGCUCCGGGACAAGUUGGCGGACGACAAGGGCGUUCUCUGCUUCGAGAUGGAAGCCGCCGGUCUGAUGAACCACUUCCCAUGCUUGGUCAUCCGCGGCAUCUGCGACUACUCGGACUCGCACAAGAACAAGGAGUGGCAGGGCUUUGCGGCCAUGAUGGCGGCGGCGUAUGCCAAGGAUCUUCUGCAUCAGAUCCCCGUCAACAAGAUCAUAGAAGAAAGGCGGAUCAGUGAAGUACUCGGUUCGAGUUAGUAG